AUGAAGAGUGACUGGUCAAUGGACAAACCAAGAACCCAGUUCAGAGAGGAGGACGGUUCUACUGACCAUGGAAUUCAGCAGAAGAUUCCCAGUGGUCAGUCCUCUCACAGUGAUGAAAACCCAACUCAGGAUUUUUUAUCUGACUAUGACGAGGUCCGAAGAUCAGUUCAACUGAGAGUCAAAUCCUGCCUACAGACAAAGUUUCAGUAUAUCACAGAGGGAACAGCAAAACACAGAAAUCCAGCACUGCUCAACGACGUCUACACGGAGCUCUAUGUCACAGAGGGUGACAGUGGAGAGGUCAAUAACGAACAUGAGGUCAGACAGAUUGAGACGGUAUCCAGGAGACCAGAAACACAGGACACACCAAUCAAAUGCAACGACAUCUUUAAACCCUUACCUGGACAAGACAAACCCAUCAGAACCGUGCUGACAAAGGGAGUUGCUGGCAUUGGAAAAACAGUCUCUGUGCAGAAGUUUGUUCUGGACUGGGCCGAAGGAAAAGCCAAUCAGCAAGUUUACCUUAUGUUCCCACUUCCCUUUAGAGAGCUGAAUUUGAUGAAGGACAGGCAGUGUAAUAUGAAAGAUCUUCUUCAUCAUUUUUUCCCAGAAAUUAAAGGAUUAAAGUGUGAGGACCUUGACAACAACAACAUUAUUUUCAUCCUGGAUGGCCUGGAUGAAUGUCGACUCUCCCUGGGUCUUCAGGAUGACAGAAAUUUGUGUGAUUUAGAAAAAUCAACUUCAGUGGACGUACUUCUGACCAACCUCAUCAAGGGAAAUCUGCUUCCCUCUGCUCUCCUCUGGAUAACCUCCCGACCAGCUGCAGCCAAUCACAUCCCACCUGAAUGUAUCCAGCGAGUGACAGAGGUCCGAGGAUUCAGUGGUCCACAGAAGGAGGAAUACUUUAAGAAGAGAAUCAGUGAUGAGAAACUGGCCAGUAGAGUUUUUGCACACGUCAAAUCAUCAAGGAGCCUGUAUAUCAUGUGUCACAUACCAGUCUUCUGUUGGAUUUCAGCCACUGUUCUAGAGAGAAUGUUGGAUGAAGCAGAGAGUGGAGAGAUCCCAAAGACUCUGACUCAAAUGUACGCACAUUACUUGAUUAUUCAGACAGAAAUGAAAGAGAAGUACACAGAGAGAAAAGGAACAAAUGAAGAAAUCAUUUUUAAACUGGGGAGACUGGCUUUUCAUCAACUUGAAAAAGGCAACCUCAUCUUCUAUGAGGAGGAUCUGAGAGAGUGCGGCAUUGAUGUGAGAGAAGCAUCAGUGUACUCAGGAGUGUGCACCCAGAUCUUUAGAGAGGAGUUAGGGUUGUACCAGGGGAAAGUGUACAGCUUUGUCCAUCUGAGUCUUCAGGAGUUUCUGGCUGCUUUGUUUGUGUUUCUUUCUUCCAUCAACAAGGUAAACACGGCCCAUUCACAAACGGGACAACUUUCAGAUCUCUUCCACCAGAAAACGAUGUCCGAAACGUUAAAGACAGCAGUGGACAAAGCCUUACAGAGUGAGAAUGGUCACCUGGACCUUUUCCUCCGCUUCCUCCUGGGCCUCUCUCUGGAGUCCAACAAGACCCUCCUACAAGGCCUCCUUUCAGUGACAGGAAGCAGCUCUCAAGGCAAAGAGGAAAUCGUCAGCUACAUUAAGGAGAAGAUUCGAGAGAAUCCAUCAGCAGAGAAAUCCAUCAAUCUGUUUUACUGUUUGAACGAACUGAAUGACCGUUCUUUAGUAGAGGAAGUCCAGAGAUAUCUGAAAGGGAGGGGUGAUGUUUUGUGCCUCUCCGGAGUUCGUCUCUCUCCAGCUCAGUGGUCAGCUUUGGUCUUUGUUUUGCUGACCUCAGAGGAGAAGCUGGAAGAGUUUGACCAGACAAAAUUUGCCCAGUCAGAGCAGUGCACCCUGCGGAUGCUGCCAGUGAUCAAAAUGUCCAGAAAAGCUAUGCUGGCUAACUGUGAGCUUACAGAGAAAAGUUGUGCGGAUCUGGCCCAAGCUCUCAGCUCAAACUCUGCAUGUUUAACAGAGCUUAACCUGAGUGGGAACUACCUGCAGGAUUCUGGGGUCAAGCUGCUUUCUGCUGGACUGAGAAGUCCAAACUGUAAACUACAGAAACUCUGGCUGUGUUACUGUGAACUCACAGAGGAAAGCUGUACACAUCUGGCCUCGGUUCUGGGUUCAGAAUCCUCCAGCCUUAGAUAUCUGAACCUACGAAAUAAUGAUCUGCAGGAUACAGGAGUGAAAAAGCUCUCUGCUGGACUGACAAACCCCAACUGCAAACUAGAAUCACUGAUGCUCUAUAACUGUUAUCUGACAGGGAAAAGCUGUGAAGCUUUAGCAUUGGCUCUCCACUCAGAGACCUCCAGUUUGAGAUUUCUGGACCUGAGUCACAACAACCUGCAGAAUUCAGGAGUCAGUCUGCUCUCUGAUGGACUGAAGAAUCCACACUGUAAACUGCAGACUCUCAAACUGUUUAACUGUAAACUGACAGAGAGAAGCUGUGCUGCUCUGGCCUCAGUUCUCAGUUCAACGUCCUCCAGCCUGAGAGAUCUGGACCUGGGAAACAAUAAACUCCAGGAUCUGGGAGUGAAGCAGCUCUGUGUUGGACUGGAGAAUCCACACUGUAAACUAGAGACAAUAAAGAUAUCUGGUUGUAAUCUCACUGAGGAGAGUGGUGUAACUCUAGCCUCAGUUCUCAGUUUACAGACCUCCAGUCUGAGAGAUCUGGAACUGGGUGACAAUAAGCUACAGGAUUCAGGAGUGAAGCAGCUCUCUGCUGGACUGCAGGAUCCUCACUGUAAACUAAGGACACUGAGGCUGUUUAACAACCAGUUUACAGAAGAAGGUUGUGCUGCUCUGUCUGCUGCUUUGAGGUCAAACCCCUCUCUCCUGACGGAACUGGAUCUGAGCAAGAACACACUGGGAGAUGUGGGAGCGAACCAGCUCUCUGCUCUACUGGGGGAUCCUGACUGUAAUCUAGAGAAACUAGAGUUGAGACAGUGCAGCAUCUCAGAUGAAGACUGUAACAGCCUGGCUUCAGCUAUCAGAUCAAACCCAUCACAGAUGAGAGAGCUGGAUCUGAAAUACAAUAAAAUUACAGACUUAGGAAAGAAGCUGCUAUCUGCCUUACAGGAGGACAGCAAACUGGAGAAAUUAAAGUUACGCAAGUCUAAGCGCUGGAUCGUCGCGUUAAGGAACUACACUUUCACUGCCGUAUAG